GGACGCGUGGGACCGGCCCGUGCGCCUCGACAGCUCGAAGACGACGGCGAGCGAGCACUUUUGGAACCGAGGCGGCACGCCGGGGUCGGCGCCGUCGACGUCGAGUACGGUGGCGGCGGCGCGCGUCGGCUUCCGGGUGUGGACGCCGAGCUGGCGAGACGAGCCCACGACGCGGUGCGAGACCUCCGCCGGUGGCGCGUCCCCCCGCGAUAGCGGCGCCGCGUCGUCGUCGUCGGGCGAGGAGGACGGUGAGGAAGAGUGGGCUGCGGCGACGCCGCGCGCAGCCGCGCGCCGGGGCGUGGACGAAGACUUUGAUCGGCGCUACUACGACGACGGCCUUGAGGCUGGUGGUGGUACUGCGGGUGACGGUGAGGCGCCUUUCGUCGGGAAUGAGGCGGUCUGGGAGGCGCGAGAGGCGGCAAUGGCGCGGCAGAGGGCCAAGGGCGAACGCCACGCGGGCAGCGCGCCCGCGGCGGCAGCCGGUGGCGCGGCCACGCCCGCUGGGCAAGGCAAGGUCGCGGGCCUAUCAGCGCGGCGGUCGCAGCUCCACGCGGAUCAGGCCGCGUGGGAAGAGAAUCGGCUGCUCACGUCGGGCGUCGCGAGCGAGCGCGAGGUCGAGCUCGACUUCGACGACGAGGCCGAGGCGCGCUGCACGCUCCUCGUGCACCAGCUGCGCCCGCCAUUCCUCGACGGUCGCGUCGCCUUUACGACGCAGCAAGACAUGGUGCCGACGGUCCGAGACGCGACGUCGGAUAUGGCCACGAACGCGAGGAACGGCUCAGCGCGCCCCGCCGCGCUCCUCCGGUCCAUGCGACAGACGCGCGAGCGGAGCAAGAUGCGACACCGCUUCUGGGAGCUCGGCGGGAGCCGCAUGGGCGAUGCGCUCAAGGGCGGCGAUCAGGGACGCGGCGUCAGCAUGGCGGCGGCCCCCGGGGAGCUUUCACGCGAUGCGCGCGAGCGCCGCGCGGCGCGCGCCGACGCGGAGUACGACCACCGUGCGUACGGCUCGUUCCGGGGUGCCCGAGCGGGAGGGGCGGAGCCUGGGCAGCGGCCUGGCGCAUCUGAGUUCACGUCCUCGAGGUCGAUCUUGGAGCAGCGGCGGAGCCUUCCCGUACGCGGCGUCCGGGAUGCGCUGCUCACGGUCGUCCGUGACAACCAGGUCGUGAUCAUCGUCGGCGAGACGGGGUCUGGGAAGACGACGCAGCUGACGCAGUACCUUCGCGAGGACGGGCUUGGCGCAGGCGGGCGCAUUGGCUGCACGCAGCCGCGGCGCGUCGCGGCAAUGAGCGUCGCGGCACGCGUAGCGGCGGAGGUUGGCUGCGACGUCGGCGAGGAGGUCGGCUACGCAAUUCGUUUCGAGGACGUGACGAGCGAGCGGACGGUGAUCAAAUACAUGACGGACGGCGUCCUCCUCCGCGAGUCGCUCCGCGAGCCCGACCUCGACGGCUACGCUGUCGUCGUCAUGGACGAGGCACACGAGCGUAGCCUCCACACGGACGUUCUCUUCGGUAUCCUGCGCGACGUGCUCCGGCGGCGCCGGGACCUGAAGCUCGUUGUCACGUCCGCGACGCUCGACGCGGACGCGUUCGCGGCGUUCUUCGGUGGCGCCGCUCCUGUCUUCGCCAUCCCAGGCCGAACCUUCCCCGUGGAGAAGUACUUCGCCAAGUCCCCCUGCGAGGACUACGUCGAUGGCGCCGUCAAGCAGGCCCUCGCCAUCCACCUAAGCUACCCGCCGGGCGACAUUCUCGUCUUCAUGACGGGCCAGGAGGACGUCGAGUCGACGUGCGGCGCGCUCGCGGAGCGCUGCGCGGCGCUCGGCGACGGUGUGCCGCCCCUUCUCCUCCUCCCUAUGUACAGCCAGCUCCCCGCAGACCUCCAGGCCCGCAUUUUCGACGCGGCCGCCGGGGGCGUCCGCAAGUGUGUCGUGUCGACAAAUGUCGCCGAGACGUCGCUAACCGUCGACGGUGUCAAGUACGUCGUCGACGCGGGUUACUGCAAACUCAAGGUCUACAACCCCCGCGUCGGUAUGGACGCCCUCCAGGUCGCGCCCGUGAGCCGCGCGAACGCAGCGCAGCGCGCCGGCCGCGCAGGCCGCACGGGCCCCGGCUUCUGCUACCGCCUCUACACCGAGCGCCAAUUCCGUGACGAACUCCUCGCGACCCAGGUCCCAGAGAUCCAGCGCACGAACCUCGGCAAUGUCGUCCUCCUCCUCAAGUCGCUCGGCGUCGACGACCUCCUCGACUUCGCGUUCAUGGACCCACCACCGCAGGAGAACAUCUUAAACUCCAUGUACCAGCUCUGGGUCCUUGGCGCCCUCGACAAUGGUGGCGGGCUCAGCGACCUCGGCGCACGUAUGGUCGAGUUUCCCCUCGACCCGCCCCUUGCCAAGAUGCUUCUCUUCGCAGCCGGGCUCGCGUGUGGCGCCGAGGUCCUCGCGAUUGUCGCAUGCCUCAGCGUCCCAAAUGUCUUCUUCCGGCCCAAGGACCGCGAGGAGGAGAGCGAUGCCGCACGUGAGAAGUUCUUCGUCCCCGAGAGCGACCAUCUCACGCUCCUCAACGUCUACGCUGCGUGGCGCGCCGCCGGCUACGACGCGCGCUGGUGCGACCGGCACUUCGUCGUGCACAAGGCCCUUGCCAAGGCGCGCGAGGUCGCCGCCCAGCUCCUCGACCUCAUGGAGGCCCAGCGCGUGCCCCACGAGUCCUGCGGCCCCGACAGCUGGGACGUCGUCCGCAAGGCCAUCUGCUCCGCGUAUUUCUUCAAUGCUGCGCGCCUCAAGGGUGUCGGGGAGUACGUUAACAUGCUGUCCGCCAUUCCUUGCAACCUGCACCCCUCCUCGUCGCUCUUCGGCCUCGGCUACACGCCCGAUCAUGUCAUCUACCACGAGCUCGUCAUGACCUCGAGGGAGUACAUGAAAUGCACAACGGCUGUCGACGGUGAGUGGCUCGCCGAGCUCGGGCCCAUGUUUUUCUCCAUCAAGCAAUCAUAUAAGGACCGCGUCGCCAAGCGAAAGAGGGAGAGGACUGAGACCGACCUCAUGGACGCCGAGUUCAAGGACCGGCAAAGACUCGCGGCGCUGGAAGACAAAGUCGCACAGCGGGGCAGAGCCCUGCGGGCUCGAACCCCACUGCCAGGUACGCGUAUCUGCGGCUUUCCAGGCGGGGGGGGGCUAGCCGAGUCUCGGCCUUCCUAACUCGAAAGCGCCACCGCCGAUCUUGAGAUACUAACACGUCGUUGAACUAAGCCUUUAACGCUUACUUUUGCUCGCGCUGUUCUCGAUCACAACCUCGGGCUGCAAUGGUUCUCUCGUCUUCUCAGGCCCGCAGCUCCGCGAAAAUGCAGCGAAGCGCAACGAUCAUAGUGGCUUUGUGGACCGCAUGGGCGCGGAGCAUCCGCCGGCGAAACCUAACGAACGCCGGGCGAUUGCGUGGCGCCUCAAACAGGAGGUUUAGGGGCUAGGAUGGCGCGCGUUCAGCCCCCCCGACGGCUUCUGGCUGUAUUUUGAGCAUAUGCAGCACCGGGAAUCGUUCGUUGUCACCCCAGCAUCGUCUCGUUACAAGGAGGAGUUAUAGGCUUGCAAAAUGGCUUUCAUGCCCUUUAUGUCGCUACUUGUGUGUGGAUUGCUGCCCUGCCCCAGCCCCGCGAACCCGUGCACCGGCGCGGGGAUGGAACAGUGUCCGAAUUGCUCCCCGGGGAAUUCCCGGGACCCGGCGAUUUUUCGUGCGUGAAGUUUUAAUAUGUGAGGCCCGCUGAUAAUAAUGGUAAAACAUGGUGAA